CAUUGCUUAAAAAUUUUACAUUUACAUUUGCAUGGAAUUUAUGUUCUCAAAAGCAAUUUGUUCAGUUUAUUUACUAUUGUAUAAUGUCUGACUGGCUUGACUUGUACGAUUCAGAGCCUCGUUCACCUAUAUCAGUGGCCUCAGGGAUUGGAUUUAGUGAUUCUGGAAGCGAGAACACUCCCGGUGGCAGCAUUGAUUCUACAAGUGAGAACACAGCUACCACCAGCGAGGAUAGCAUAGCUAGCAUUAGUGAGUAUAUCAGCAACAGGACUAGUGAAAACGAAUCCAGUCCGUCCAAUCACGACGAAACUUCUUUGGUUGAGGACAGUACUUCGCAGUUCAGUUUGCAACAGUCCUUAAAUGAGGGGAGCGUACAAGCCGAAAUGGAAAACAUACGCCUCUUUUGCGACAAUAUUGCGAACAAUCUAGCCCAGAUAGGCUUGAGCGCAGACAUGGGAGCGUUUCCUUCUGCAUCUACACCAAGAGCUACCAAUACAUUUGACAUUUCUUUGACAAUUGAUGUUUCUGAAUAUGAACGCGCUAGACGUUUGAGAGCUGCUCGUUCACGCCAACCAGAUGAAGUAAUAGACUUAUGCUCACCAACAACACCACGUCGUCUGCCUUCGUUCAUUAAUCUCGAAGAUUAUGAUACACCUCGGCGUGCCCGCGAUGCAAGCCGAGAGCCGUUGCCAUUACCACCUAAACAUGAGAAGGAGGUAAAUGUAUCAAAUGAUAACUCUUACAAAUGUCCCGUUUGUCUAGAGCCUGCUCAUGAACGUCUACCUUCGUCGACACGUUGUGGACAUGUUUUUUGUAAGGUGUGCAUUGAGACUGCAGCACGUACCACACACAAGUGCCCACUGUGCAACAAAAAGAUCACUGCCCGUCAUAUUUCACGCAUUUAUCUAUAAGGCAGCCAGAGUUAUUGAAGUUUUGUGAUUUAUGUUUAAUUUGUUCAUCCAGCCAUUGUAAAUGAUUAUCAACAAAAGAAGCACUUGGUAACAUUACACUACACAUACAAAAAAAUAAUUAUUCAGUAUUCAUUGAAAUGAAAAUCCAGUAGGCUUAUGCUAUUAUAGUUUUAGAUGUAAAACACUACAAAAUACACAA